UUUUUCGGUGCUACUAUAGUAUGCAGUGGAAUGCAUACUAUAGUAGCAGCUUUUAUAUUGUUUUCUCUUUUUGUAAGGUAAUGUGUAGGUUGAGGAAUAUGGUGAUCGAGUCGAUACAGUGCUCGCCUCCUGCUCCAUACGUCAGUGGUACGAUCCAGGGUACCCCCAGUUCACCCAGCUGUAAAUGGGUACCUAGGUUUUCAACUUGGGGAAGUGAGUGUAAUCGAGUGCAGUAACGGCCAUGCUGACUCCUAGUAUACAGUGUGAUGUAUCCACACUGCUUAACGAGCAGUCACGCCUAUGAGACCCACUUUCACUUUUCUUUUUAUUCUCACUGUGUUACGUAGCAGUGGUAGACAACAUGCAAUGUUGAGUUUAACACUGAAGUAAAGAUAAAGAUCAAUGCUCCUUAACUUUAAAUGUGUAUUAUUGUAAAUGAACUGUAAUUUGUUAUGUACCCUUAUCAAUUCAUAUAUUUCCAAUUUAUAUUUUAGUAACUCGUGAAUUAUUUAAAUAAUCAAAAGUAGCUUCUUUGAAAAUCGGUUGGGUAGCCCUGGUCUAGAAUUUAACUUUUUGUAUUAAUAUCUUUUAUAUCUACUACGAGAAAAAUAUAUAACUUGAACAAUUAUACAAGCAGGUGGCAUGAGAUGAAGGUCACAGUGCUUGUGACCCACUGCUGAAGGAUAGGGAGGAAGAAGCGCCUCGCCAUGUUCAUGAUGGCCCUUGGGAGAGUAGCAAUAGUAGUGGCGGUGAUGGUAGUGACACAGGCCGCUGUUCCUCUCAGUAUCACUCAGUCUCAGCCACCAGCAGCAGGGCCACUUGUCCAGCAGCAGGAGGACGUGGUGAGUCUCCUGGGUGAGGUGGCUGGGGGGCGUCUCGCUGCCUGCCAUCCCAUCAUCCUCACACAUAACAUAACUGCUUCACCUCGCCUACACACCAUACUUCUCGGGCUGCAGCAGUCCAUGACCAAUGCAUUCCUCAUAUAUGAUGUAGAGACCUACCUCAGGAGCUUCCCGCCAGGUGUUCCGCUACUCCGACGCCUACCCCCAGAGUCUGAUGGUACCUACUGCGUCGCCUACUACGUUCUUGCUCCCCUUCCACUCCUCGCCGCCGCACUCUCCGCUAUUCCUAAGACAGACUGGUUCACCGGCGCCACCAGGUACUUCGUCUGCUGUACUGGGAGCAGCAGCAGCCUGGCCAUCAACACCCUGGAGGAGGAACCCUCUAUCCUGGCCUCUUACAACACCCUCUACGUCUCACACAACCCCUACCACGACCCCCAGGACAACAGGUCGUGGUCACUCAACCUCCUCUCCAACUGCCCGUUCUGUCGGUCUGGGGAGCCAGAGGUCAUCCUGCGGAACAAGUGGAGUCCCUGGCGCGGCCUCCAACACCACACUGACCUCUUCCCUGACCUCUUCCGCGACUGUAACGGCCACGUCUUCAGGGCCGUCACACUGAGUUUCCCUCCCUUGAGCCACUACUUGUCCGGUAACUCAACACAUCCACUGGUGAUGGAGGACUGCCUGGACAAACGAAUCAUCGACGCUGUCGCCCGAGUUCACAAUUUCACCUACGUGGUAUAUGAGCCAGCUGAUGGAAUGUGGGGUUACCAACUGGAUAACGGCAGCUUCACUGGGGUGUUGGGCGAUGUACAGCACUACCGGAAGGACUUCUCGUUUGGUGUAUCCUUAACGGCCGAGAGGGAGGAAGUUACCGACUGCACAGUUGGCUACUUUUCGGAACCUCUUAACUUCGUCACCAGCAAACCUAAGCCGCUGCCACAAUGGUUGGCUCUGGUGCGUCCCUACCAAGCGUAUGUGUGGCUCUCCUUCCUGCUGUUGUUGGCAGCUGCUGGACCCACCUACUGGCUCCUGCAGAAGCUGUCGGGGAGCUCCCAGCCCCUCCUAGAGGCCACCCUCCAUAUGUAUGGUGCUAUGCUCACUCAGGGUCGACGAUGGCCGUCCAGUUCGGCAGUGCGGGUGUACUCUGCUUCGUGGCUUCUCUUCUGCCUGGUGGUGACGGUGUCUUACGUGGGCAACCUGACAGCCUUCCUCACGGUUCCGGCCCUUUCCCCGACCGUCGACAGCUUGGAGGAACUCGUGAACUCCGACUUUGUGUGGGGCAUUAAUGACUUUGGCGCUGCUGACUACCAGCUCUUUAAGACCAGCAAGGUGCCCCUCUACCAAGAGAUCUUCAGGGGGCUGACGUUCUGCCCUUCGCUCGUAGAGUGCAUACAGCAAACCCUGGACGAACGUUUCGCCUUCAUCUCUUGGCAAACUUACCUGCGGGACGCCAUCGCCAUGUUCUUCACUGACAAGAACGGAGACACACAGGUGUACCUGGCCAAGCAGAGCUUCUUUCCAGCUGACGUCUCCUUCGCUACACAAAAGGGAUCACCCAUGAAGAGAAUUUUUGACAAAGUCUUCAAGCGGCUGCUGGGUGGAGGCUUUACUACAAGAUGGAUGACUACACUGAUCGAAGAGCACACGCUGGCCACCCGCAGGAAGGCCACGGCAGCUGCAGCGUUUUCGGGGGAGACGGAGGUAGUGUUGGAGGGGAAUCAACUAAGCCUCACCUUGCACCACCUGCAGGGAGUCUUCUACAUCUAUGCCCUGGGUCUGCUUCUCUCUGCUCUCCUCUUCGCCUGUGAACUGAUCCUCUUUGGUCUGUACAGCGACAACAAGAGCUGAGGCCAUCAACCAAUCCUGAAAGACGUGCUCAAUAUCUUUCUUCCAAUUUUCUUAUCUAAAAGAGAGGUUUUUCCUAACUCCAAUUAAAACUACAUAUCCCCUAAUCUGAGUGAUACAACUUCAAGGUUUAUAACACGUUUACUAAAAAAGGAAGUAUUUUACAUCUAAGAGUUUGUGUUUUUCGUUUUGUCUAACUGCGUGUGUUAAACAAACUCCUUUUUAUUGAUGAGUUAUUAUGGAUAAAACAGAUGCUUACGCAGGUUCUUUGUAAAUUUGCAUAGAUUUUCUGUGAGCUAAAAUCCUGUGUUUUGUUGUAUCUUUCUUCUUUUGUUCGUUAGGUUACUCGUUGUUUACCAGCGAGACAGGCUAUGGAGAGUUGCCUUUUUGAACAUCCGUCACUGGCACUUUCACUUUAGCGAUACUCCCAUUACCCCUCUGCUUUCUUUAUCCCAUCACUUUCUACUUGUGACUCUUAAAUAUCUUACAGCAGUAGUUCAUUCCACACACCUUCUCGCUUGGUACUGUACUGUACAUAACACUUAAUCGCCUCCUUACUAACCUUACAAGUUACACCACACCCAGCCGUACAUGGCUCUGUCCUUACUCACUGAACAUGUUGAUCCUCAAAUCCCAUUCUGAGAAGAACAAUAAGAAUACUGAAAACCAUAACGAGAAGAUGAAUAACAGCAUCAAGAUUUAGCAGUAUAGUAGUAAUAGAAAAAAUGUAAGAUCAAAUUUGGCAGCUGUUCUAUCUUUUCACAUUAAAUUUUCACUUCUAAA